AUGCCACACGCGACCGACGACAUGAUGGAGGACGCGGAUCGCGAGGCGGCCGCUGUGAACGACUUCCUCAGUGGCGCAGAGGUGCCCGUCAACAUUGAUCAGAGCAAUAAAGCCGCCGAUGCGAUCGAUUACGAGGACUUCAGCGACGAUGAGCUACCGGAGGAGGAGGAAGCGACCAAUACGGCCGGCGCAAAUGAUGACGAGGAAGACCUCAGUGCCUAUUACAACACCGCCCCACCGGCAAUCGGUGGCUUGCCUGCGCCUGCCACCACAAACGGAUACGGGGACGAAGACGUGAAGCAGCCGACGAUUAAUGAUCUGUUUGGCGACGGCGACCCGGAUGGCGACGGUGAUGGGGAUAAUGACCUUUUCGGUGACCUUGUUGAUGGAAGCGCAUCUUACUCAUCCCCCGAAGAAGUGCGACAGCCACCGUCACAGCAGCCGCGUCUUGGUGGACUGGCCCUGGCUCUGCCAUCAAAGUCGGGUCUCGCUCUUCCGAAUAGCUUCUCGCAAUUGCCGCAGUCACGUGCGCCUAUGCAUCCGAGUCCGUCGUCUAUGAGUCCGCCAGCCUUUCCUGAUCAAGACUAUUCGGGCAUGUCCCCAGGUAGCAUGACAUCCGACGACGACGAUGAUACGGGGUUGGAUCCGGAGACAGCCCUCCAACGAAGACUUUUCAAGGACUCGAGGAGGCGAAAUGCGGGCGAAGACGUCCUAGCGGGCCCAGUCAAUACGGACAUGACACUUUUCCACACUCUGUACCCUGGGUACGAGCAAACGCACAUUCCCAAAUUCAUCGAGCUUUUCCCGGGAUACAAUGUGGAGUACAAGGGCAAGGUCCCUGUGAAGCCGCCAAAGGCAGUUCAGCCGCACAAAUUGACGCUUGAUCUGCUUCAAGACCAGGAGCGAAGCUUCAGGUCAAUCACUACUACUGGUAAGGCCGGACAGGAGAGCACGUUCAACAACAGCUUCGUCAGACUCGGAUACAGCAACAUGGCGAAAGAAGACAGCGAUGACGAMCACGACUCAAGUGUUUUCGACGAGGAUGAGCGCAUUGGCGGCAUUUCAAUGCAAGAUCUCGCUCUCAUCUGUCAAGAUUGGGACGCAGCGAGCAUCGACGCCAUCUCGACAAUUGAUGAGCUUGAAGACCGUGUCAUGAGUCGCCGCGACGGUGAUCGCGACUGGGAAGCUGACAAUGACCAGCGGCCAAUGAAAAAGCGCAGGACUGAUGGCUCUUGCUUGGACAUUACGGGAUCGUAUCAUGACAGUAAUCUUUCAUUCGAGGACCCUGAGCGUGCCGUCGCGAAGCUCGCCAAGACAGUUUUCCUGGAUCUCAACGAUCCGAAUCUUCUCAUCGAUGAGCACGCACCGCGGACGAAGAGAAAGCCCAAGCGCAUGCCUGGCGAUUUCAAGCGUGACACCGCAUUGAGCCGUGACAUCGCCAAGCGUUACAACAUCAGUAACGAUCAGGCGUAUGACCUGCUCAAGGAGAACCACCAGCACAAGGUUCGCAGCACGCUUGGCAGCAUGGCAAUUGAACACAGCUUUCCGGCCACCAAAUUGCAAUAUCCCUUCUACCAGGUCUCGCUCGAAAACAAGGCCAAGCGCAACUUCCACCGCYCUCAGCUGGAGCUUCGUGCCCCGAGUGGAAAGGAGUAUCGUUUUCAAAGACCAAAGCAUAUCAAGAGGAAGAACGUCCGUGGCAAAGACGCAAAAGAAGUCUUCGCAAAGGCCGAGGAUCUCUCUCUUGGAGACAGUGCUUCGUUGUUGAUGCUUGAGUACUCCGAGGAGGCACCAAUGAUGCUUUCGAACUUCGGCAUGGGCAAUCGGUUGAUUAAUUAUUACCGCAAGAAGGACGCCGACGACUCUACACGACCGAAGCUUGAGAUUGGUGAAGCUCAGGUUCUCCUCACCCAAGAUAAGAGCCCGUUCGCCAACUUUGGUCAUGUCGACAAGGGCGAUACUGUUCCGACUAUUCAGAAUGGACUUUUCCGUGCUCCCGUCUUUUCGCAUGACUCAAAGGCUGUCGACUUCGUCAUCGGCAUCAGCAGCACUCAUGAGGGAGGCGAUCGAUUUUUCCUGCGCAACGUGGAGAAUUUGCACACCGUGGGACAGCAAUUCCCGCUGGCAGAGGUGCCAGGUCAACACAGUCGCAAAGUCACAGACGCUGCGAAGAAGAGGCUACGUGCCCUUGCAUUCCGCAUCUACCUGAAGAGCCGCACCCGCAAAGACAAGGUCCUUGACAACCGCACGCUCAUGCCCCAUCUACCUGGACAUGAUAUGCCCCAGACUAGAAGCAAGAUGCGCGAAUUCAUGAAGUAUGAGCGUCUGGCCAACAAGGGCGAAAACGGUGGCGGCGUCUGGGUCCCUGUCCCUCAACAUCCAGUACCUGACUUGGAAACGCUUCGCAGCUGGAUCAAACCAGAGGAUGUCUGCCUGCUCGACUCUAUGCAGGUCGGCGUGCAGCACCUCUCGGACCUCGGAAUCACCGAAACCAAGGACGCUGAGGAGCAAGACGGCGACGAAACCAGCAAUAAUAUCGAGCUUCAGCYCAUCCCUUGGCGAGCCACCAAGAACUUCCUCAAUGCAUGCCAGGGCAAAGCUAUGCUCACUCUUCACGGCGAGGGGGAUCCAACGAACCGUGGCGAAGGCUUCAGCUUUGUGAAGACAUCUAUGAAAGGUGGCUUCCAGGCCCCUGGCGAGAGUGUGAAUGAUAAGAUAUUCUCCAAGAACAAGAAGGAGUCUGGCGGCCAUUCCUACAACGUGGCCAAGCAACAAAAGGCCUACGAUGACUAUAUUCGACGCAUUUGGGAGGCACAAAAAGACAGCUUGACGAACACACAGGAAUUCUCCGACGACGAUAUGGAGGAUGCCCGUGACGGUGAAGGCGAGCACGCUUACAGUCGCAGUCGGGCACAAACUCCACGCUCUUCAUUCGGCGGUCCCGCGGCCAAUCGCCACGAUGAUGAGGUCAGUCAGUUCAGUGGACACAGUGCUGGUCAGGUUGAUAAACCUCUGGUCAUCACCCGCAAGGGUGGCGUCGAUGAAAACGGCAAGCCGCGAGCAGACGCCCAGGAGAUCAUCACGAACCCAGCCGUGAUCAAGGAGUACAGGAAGCGACAACUUGCAAAGCAAUUGAACAACGUCAGCAUGGACACAUACGUGCCCACCGGCAACUCCGAACAGGACACCUACAAGAAGCAGUUUCUCGAAAAGGAACUCAUGCGAAUCAAGCGCAAUGCCGAACGUCGCGAGGCCCGCGAACGUCUCAAGGCUAAGAACGGCAUGGGAGUAUCUCCAGCUGCAGCAGGUUCUCCCGGUCCGUCCGAAGUUGACGGACCAUCCUCCAACCCCACCGCCAACGCCGACAGUACGCCUCAAAAGGGCAAAGGUCGUAGCAAGGACGGCACUCAGCGCAAAUGCGCCAAUUGCGGUCUUGUCGGUCACAUCAAGACCAACAGAAAGCUCUGCCCGAAACUCAAUGGAACUCAAUCGGCCGAGGAUGGUGGUGCGAAUGGAGACAGUUCUUUCGGAGCCGCGCCGGCUCCAUUGACGUUGUGA